AUGGAGCGCGCCCUGAGGAACUUCAUCAUCAUUCUAGCCAUAGAUAUCACGGUGUUCGUGGCCAGCGUGGUGAUUUGGUGCAGCAAACGCACCAAGAUAAUCGUGCUGAUCCAGAACAGCCUGCAGGGACUGCACCUGCUGAACCGGAAGAAGCAGAAGGAGCACACCCAGUCCGAUAACAGGCGCGUCACCGUAGACGAUGUGAAGUACCGAGUUACGUACCAGAGCGGUUACGCCAGUAGCGUCACGGAAGCGGACAACGACGGCAGCAGCUCCGCCGAGAAUGGGGACGAGGACUCAAGCAACGAAGCGUCGGCCGCGACGCUGAUGUACAUCGAACGGAAGAAAAAGAAGCCCUCGGCUGAAGGAGGGAGGGCCACCAGCAGCAAGAAGCGCAAGGACACUUGGUGGUACUACCUCUACCAUGGGAAGCACAACAAGAUCCGCAACAAUGAGGCGGUGCUGUACCUCGGCUUCAUCCGCAGUACAUGCAUCAUGCUGCUCAUCUGUUCGGCGGUGGCCAUCGUCUCGAACGUCGUCAUCUUCACCCACCUGACCGUGAACAACAAACCUCACUUCCUGCUGACGUACUCCAUUGAGGACCUGCGCACCUGCAAGGUGACCGUGUGGACGCUGUACGCGACGACGUGGAUCUACUCGAUAAUCGUGUACGUGCACAUCCUCAAGUUCAAGCAGAAGGUCAACAAGGGCAAGCAGAUCACCGUGAUGCUGCGUCCGCAGCUGCACACGAUAAUGAUCUUCGGUUUCGACAAAACCAUCACCGACCCCGGUCGGUUCUACCGCUACUUCGAGAAGUACUUCCCGGAGCACGUGCUAUCGGUCCACGUGGUGUUCAACCACAGCAAGCGCAUGGCGCUGGAGGAGGAGCUCAAGGCCACCAAGGCGCAGCUCUGCCUGUGCAGGGACAUGUCGCUGCUGGUCGACAGGUCGCGCGAGGCGUACCAGCACUCGGCCGUGACCAGCACCAGUGGGAAGGAGGCGGUCGACGGGCGCGCCGACGCCGACGUGGCCCCCAAGAAACCUCGGAGGUCGCGAUCGUGCGGGAUGCUCCCCGAGGCCGAGAUGAAGUGCUCGCUCGGCCAGACUGCCCCGCUGAGGAACUGCGCGUCGUCGGUGAAUCAGGGAGGCACGCCUCGGAACUGUGCGUCGUCGGCCAACUUGCUUUCGCUCCCCAAACCUGCGAAGCCCGAGCCGAAAAAGCCGUCGCUGGCGAUCCCGAAGGGGUUCACGCGCUACGUGACUCGCAUGCUGGGCAAAAACGAUUGUGAGCUGCAGGAAGCAGGCGACGCGGAAAACCUGGAAUACUUGGGGGAGAGGUUUGCCGGGCUCCUGAAGAAGGUGAAGGAACUGAAGGCGCGCAUCGAGCAGGAGUUGAACCGGGAGCACACCACGUCUGCCCGUAUAUGCUUCGUUUCGUUCGCGGAUUCCAACAUCGUGCUGCACAUUCUGAAGGACCGGAACCUGCUGGAGGGCAUGCCUACAUGGCGCAUCGUGCCGGCCCCGCACCCAAGGGACAUAAUCUGGCAGAAUCUGCACCUUCCCAGGUGGUACGUGGCCACGCGUAUGGUGGUGUGCAACCUCUUGCUGACGAUUUUCUACAUCGUCAUCACCUGGAUACUCUCGCACCUCAACCUGCUGCACACCGUCAAGAGCAAGGACGACCGUAACCCGGAGAGAUCGUUCAGCAUCAACGACCUCACCGAGCGCUCGUUCUGGAGCUCCAUCAUGCCGCCCAUUAUUAUGGCCGGGCUGAACUCGUUCGUGCACCCCACCAUGAUAAACCUCUUGUCGAGGCAAGUGGGCUUCUGGACACAAACCGCGCACCAGAAGUACCUCCUGUUCGGCCACGUAAAAUCUUCGACGGGGCGUUCGACUCGCUGUCGUUGGAGCUGGGGACCGUCCUCGUCAACACCACGUGGCGUGCGAUCUAUAUGUAUAUACUUCUUCAAAUUCGACAUUGGUGUCACCAACUUCGACUUGGGGUACUGGUACGCCUUCCACCUGUCGAUCUUGACGCUGGUGAUGCUCUUCAGCCUGUUCAUCCCGUAUUUGCUUAUCCUCGGGACUCUGUACUUCGCGGUCCGAUACUGCGUCGACAGGCACAAUAUCGCAUACGACGUUCUGCAGCUGCCGCUGGACUCCACCGGCAAGAUCGCAGCUUCGGCCGUGAAGUCGAUGCUCAUAUGCAUUUCGCUCACGCAGUUCGCGAUGUCUGGCGUCUUCCUGAACUGUCAGGAAGUGCUGCCUUCCACUUGUAUAACAUUGCUCUACAUUGCCUCCGUGGCCACCUGGCUGCUUCUGUACGAGUCCAACGCGGACGCGGUGGUAGAGGCCACCGAGUCCAUGCACAAGAUCAAGUUGGCGCCGCUCACCAAGAAGAUGAUGGACACCAUCAAGCUGUGUUACAUGCACCCGUGCGAUGCCAAGGACCUCAUCGACGGGCGCGUGACCCAGAGAAACUCGCAGUAA